AUGCCAAGUACUAGAGACGAUAGGAUAUCAGAAGAGACGUCCAACGACGGCGUUGGCGGCAGUCCAGUGGGCAACUCCGAACAUGGCGCUACCGAAAACCAGUCCAGGGAAACGGAUAAUGGAAGCUCGAAUAGUAGUCCGACCAAGGUCGACAACAAGGGUAGCACCUCAAUUUCUGCCUUGGAACAAGCUGCCAGAGACGAACAGUUAAAGGCCCAGUCUGCCAAUUGUUCUACUUCCACUUCUGCUGCCGCCUUGGAACAAGCUGCCAGAGAUGAGCAGUUAAAGGAGCAGACUGCCAAAUAUUCUACUUCCAGUUCCACUUCUGCUGCCUUGGAACAAGCUGCCAGAGAUGAGCAGUUAAAGGAGCAGGCUGCCAAAUAUUCUACUUCCACUUCUGCUGCCGCCUUGGAACGAGCUGCCAAAGAUGAGCAAUUAAAGGCUCAGUCAGCCAAUUAUUCCACUUCCAGUUCCACUUCCAGUUCCACUUCUGCUGCCUUGGAACAAGCUGCCAGAGAUGAGCAGUUAAAGGAGCAGGCUGCCAAAUAUUCUACUUCCACUUCUGCUGCCGCCUUGGAACGAGCUGCCAAAGAUGAGCAAUUAAAGGCUCAGUCAGCCAAUUAUUCCACUUCCAUUCCACUUCUGCUGCCUUGGAACAAGCUGCCAGAGAUGAGCAUUAAAGGACCGGCUGCCAAAUAUUCUACUUCCACUUCUGCUGCUCUCUUGGAGCAGGCUGCCAGAGAUGAGCAGCUCAAGGCCCAAUCCGCCAACUAUUCCAAUUUGGCUUCUGCUGCUGUUUUGGAACAAGCUGCCAAAGAUGAGCAGUUAAAAGCCCAGUCUGCCAAUUAUUCUACUUCCACCUCUGCUGCUGCAUUGGAACAAGCUGCUAGAGACGAGCAAGCAAAGACUCAGGCAGCCAAUUAUUCCACUUCCACUUCUGCUGCUGCAUUGGAACAAGCUGCUAGAGACGAGCAGUUAAAGGCUGAGUCUGCCAAUUAUUCUACUUCCACUUCUGCUGCUGCUUUGGAGCAAGCUGCUAGAGAUGAUCAGCUCAAGGCCCAAUCUGCCAAUUAUUCUGCUGCCCCCUCUGCUGCUUUGGACAGAACUGCAAGAGACGAGGCAUUAAAGGUCCAGUCAGUCAACACACACAAUGCACCUGAGAGAGCUACCAUUGGCAACAUUAAGACUCAUGCCGCUGCCGGUUUAGAAUCUUCGAAGUUGGAUGCUGGGAAGAAGAUGUGUGAUGGUGAGUGUCCAGACAUUCCAGGAGAUGCAUCCACCGCAGCAACAGAAAAUUUGACCUAUUCAACAGCCUCAGACAACAUGACCUACUCAGCAGCCACCCAGAGUAAACCAUAUUCAACUUUUGCAUCUAUGCUGGAUCCUGAGAAUAUACCUGUACCAAUGGAAUUGCCAAGCACUAACAAUCGUGCCAGACGCCCUUCUCUACCGGGGGCCUAUGCCCAAGGAUUGUCGCGGGAAGCUCCACAAUACAGAGCCCCACCAACAUAUCAAGCAUUUGCAGCUAUGGCAGAUGGUGGCAGCACCAUUGCCCCCCUUUCCUUGCCAGUUGAAGAACAAGCAGAGGAACAAUUCAGCGAUCAUGGGGAUGGUUCUGUUCAUGAAAACCUAGUGACUGCUAACCCUGUGGUAGAAGACAGCCCAGAGCUGCCAACGGCCGAGCACUGGGAUGAAGGCAAGCAGAGCAAACGACAGAAGCAAGAAAGGCAGAAACUCCUGAAAUUUGCAGUGAUUGGCAUCAUUGUGAUUGUGGUUAUUGCCAUUGCAGUUGGUGUUGGUGCUGGAAUUGGAAAGCAGAAUAAGACACCAUCCCCAACAUUGGCCCCAACAUCAGUGCCUUCGAUAUCUCCGACUUUGUCACCCACUGGAGUUGAAGGCACUAUUCUAGAGCUUCUACCAGAAAGCACACUUGAGCUGAUCAAUUCUCCUAACUCUCCACAAUCGAAAGCAUAUGACUGGAUCAAAAAGGAUCCAAAGAAAGAUGAAUACCCAAGCUGGCGCCUGCUGCAAAGGUUUGCAUUGUCCACACUGUACUUUAGCACUCAAGGUGAAUCUGAAUGGUGGAACAAUACCAAGUGGUUGUCCUAUGAAAAGAAUGAAUGCAUCUGGGAUACAAUUGGCAACACACAUCUAUGGAAAACAAGGUCCGGUGUGGAGCUGAAUGUUAAUCCAGGAGAGCCCUGCCUGAACUUGCACACCAACUCCUCUGAAGACAACAUAUAUCGCCAUCUUUGGCUUGUCAGCCAUGGGCUGGUGGGAAAGCUUCCUGAUGAGAUCUUUUUGCUGACGUCUCUGCAUGUUCUAGCCCUGUACCAAAAUGAAUUGGAAGGUACAAUCUCCACAUGGAUUGGGAACCUGCAUCAGUUGGAAGGUCUGGCAAUGGGCUUUACUGCCCUGACUGGCACCCUGCCAUCAGAAGUGUUUGCACUGCCAAAGUUGGAAACCCUUCUGUUGAGUGAUAGUCUCCUUACUGGCUCAAUGCCAACUGAAAUUGGCUCACAACAACCACCAGUUUUGAAAUUUGUUUGGCUGGAUGGGAAUCUCAUCUCUGGUACCAUUCCCACUGAAUUGGGCAAAGCCACAGCAUUGGAGAACAUUGCUCUUCACAAAGCCAUGCUGACUGGCCAAAUUCCAUCUGAACUGGGAGGGAUCUCCUCAUUGGAAGGACUGAAUCUCCAUUGCAAUGAAAUCUCCGGUACCCUACCAGUAGAACUGUCGCAACUUUCAAAGCUGUAUUUUCUAUACCUGAACAACAACCAGCUAGUUGGAUCCUUACCGACAGAGUUUGGUAAUUUGCUUGCCAUGAGCAAUUUGGCACUACGCAACAAUUCCUUAGAUGGUCUGAUGCCAUCUGAGAUUGGUAGGCUAUCAGCCUCUCAUGUCAUAUCCAUGUCUGGGAACCACUUUGCAGGGACAAUUCCAGCAGAGCUCGGGGCUCUAACCAAGCUGACACGACUUCAACUGCAAGAGAACCAGUUUUCUGGGACAUUAGCAACUGAGUUUGGAUACCUUUCCAACAUGGUGACUCUGUUACUCAACAACAACAUCAUUAGUGGUUCCUUGCCCUCCCAAUUUGGCCAAUUGACAUUGUUGGAAGACUUCAGUGUGGCGGAGAAUGAAAUGACAGGCACUGUCGCGGAAGAAAUUGCCUUUCUGGUGAAUGUUUCCCAGUCCUUGUCUUUGAAUCUAUCAGGAAACGCUUUCACAGGGCAAGUGCCAGCUGGUCUUUGUGCUGCAACACUUCUGGAUUUUGAUUGUGGCUUUCUGUGUGGGUGCUCAUGCAGCUGCUGA